AACUGGAAGGGAAAUGUAAUGUUUUAAAUAGCAUGGACUCUUCUCAGCGAGGAUCCGUGGAGUCCAGGGACUGAGCUUGGAGGAAACUUGCAGGGAGAAGCCCCAGGCUUGCCCCCAGCUGGCCCCCAGCCCCAAGCUUCCAGUUAGCCCCGGUCACCAUGCCGCUUGGGAAGGCUUGGAAGAAGAAGACAGAAGACAUCACCAGCGUCUAUCACAUCAAGGAGAAGCUUGGGGCGGGGGCUUUCUCUGAAGUCGUGCUGGCCCAGGAGCGCAACUCGAAGCGGCUGGUGGCCCUCAAAUGCAUCCCUAAGAAGGCUCUGCGAGGCAAGGAGGCGGCUGUAGAGAACGAGAUUACCGUCCUGAAGAAGGUCAAACACAAGAACAUUGUGGCCCUAGAGGACAUCUAUGAGAGCCCUACCCACCUGUACCUGGCCAUGGAGCUUGUGACCGGGGGGGAGCUGUUUGACCGCAUCAUCGAGCGGGGCUACUACACGGAGAAGGACGCCAGUCAGCUGAUCCGCCAGGUCCUGGAUGCUGUCUCCUACCUGCAUGAGCUGGGCAUUGUCCAUCGAGACCUCAAGCCAGAGAACCUGCUGUACGCCACCCCCUUUGAGGACUCCAAGAUCAUGAUCACUGAUUUCGGCCUUUCCAAGAUUGAGGAUGGCAGUGUUAUGGCCACAGCCUGCGGCACCCCUGGAUACGUUGCCCCAGAGCUCCUGGAACAGAAGCCUUAUGGGAAGGCAGUGGACGUGUGGGCACUGGGCGUUAUCUCCUACAUCCUGCUCUGUGGGUACCCUCCCUUCUACGAUGAGAACGACUCAGAGCUCUUCAGCCAGAUCCUGAAAGCCGAGUAUGAGUUUGAUGCUCCUUAUUGGGAUGACAUCUCCGAGUCGGCCAAAGACUUCAUCCGUCACCUGCUGGAGAGGGACCCCGAGAAGAGGUUUACUUGUGAGCAAGCCCUGCAGCACCCCUGGAUCUCCGGGGACACGGCUCUGGACAAGGACAUUCAUGGCUCAGUCAGCGAGCAGAUCCAGAAGAACUUUGCUCGGAGCCAGUGGAAGAGAGCAUUCAAUGCCACAUCCUUCCUGCGGCACAUCACCAAGAUGGGGCACAGCGCCGAGGGCGAGGAACUGGCGGCUGAGGCCGCACCCCCAGAGUAGCCUGGGAAGGGGGACGGCUGAGGUGAGAUUUCCGGUGUCUGCAGUCUCCACAUCCAUCGGAUGGGCCAGUGCUGGAGGACUCGGCCCCGCCCAUUCUCUCUGUCCUUGCAUGAGCUCUUGGUGACACCUGUCUGCAUGCAAUGUGCAGCCAUCAGCAGCCAUUCUUUCCGCCCCUCCCCGCUCCCCUCUCACCCCUCCUUCCAUCCAGCCGUCUCUCUCUCAAUCUCUCCCCACGAGGGGCAGGCCCCGCGUCCCUUCCACCGUCACCUCCCAGCCCCCCGGGACUUUAGCUGGGUUCAUGCACGGGCCCAGGCCUGGGGAGUGGUAACGGCCAGGCUGCCCGAGCCAGGCUGCUAAGGGAUGGGAAGGGCAAGAGAGAUUUUUCGGUCCGGGAGGGUGGGCAGAGCAGGUGGCAAGAAGAGCCAGAGGAAAGGGGCCCUGCUGCCCAGGGGAAUCUGAAUGGUGCCCUGUGCCAGCCCAAUCUGGAUGGACCUGCUCUGAGUCUGAUCCUUCCCAUGCUCUUCCCCCCUCCCCUUCUCCAGCAGGAGUGGCCCACCUGGGCAUGGGGCUCUACCACCCUCUUGCUCACCUAGGAAGGAAAGGAGCUGGGGAGGGUUGCCCUGGCGAGCAGGUCCCUCUAAGGUGGACACCCAGAGCUGCGUGGGGGGCACCAAGGAAUGAGACAGCUGGCCAGGACUCGGCUUGGCCAGGCCCUGAGGAGGCUCCAAGGAGGAGGAGGAGCUGAGGGAGCCAGAGGAAACCAGAGGAAGCCAGAGGGAACCAGAAACAGCCAAGGCAGCCAGGGAGACUGACUGCAGGCCUCAGGGAGACACGUGGGGACUGAGAGCUGACCGGGUUACAGAGUAGCAAGCAGAGGACUGUGGUUUGGAGAGGGGAUGCUGGGAAGGGGAAUGUGGCCUGAAGGGCUCUGCCUUUCACUUCCUCCUCUCCUGCCCCAAAUCAUCUCCCUUUGCCUUCCCUCCCCUUCCACAGUGACCCCAAGAGAUGCCUUCAUGGGCAUAAUUUCCCCUAUCCUGUGAUGAGUCCCAAGCCCUCAGGUCUGGGUGCUCCUAUGGAGCCUCUGAAACAGGAGGAGAGGUUGGUUGGGGGUAGGGGGCUCACUGGCCCUCCAGGCCCCCUCUAUUUCCCAAUCAGGGCCAAAGGGAGAGGAAAGACCGCAAAGGAGACCUCCCCGGUGGAAUCGGGAGGGGCGGGGAGUCCUUGGGGCCCUGGAGUGGGGCUUUCCCCACGGUGUGACAGUGUCCAUAUGCUUGUGACGUCGUGCAGGCCUGGAAUGCUUUGUCGUGAUGUGGAGUCUUCUUGGGAAAGUUUCAAAACCAAAAAUGUGCAAGAGAAGUCUGUUCUGUGUCUGUGACCCCGUUAAUGUCAACAUCCCGCUCCCCCCUGCCCCGCCACCCUAUUUUUCCUCCCAAGAAUAAAGAUGCAAAUAACCCAA